AUGUUGUCCUCCUCGUUACGCCGGGCGGCAUGGACUCCCAUGCCGCUACCGGGGGUAUCUCGCGCUGGACAAAAUCUUACCAACAGCCUGCUUGGCGCAACUCGUCCUCUGCACCAACGCCGGUACUCCUCAUCCUCCAAACCGCCUGUCCCGCCCAGCGAUGGCUCCCGACGACUGGACACUUCCACCCCAGCUAAGGGAGUGAACUCCACUGGGGAGAAGAGCAAGACCAGCCGCCGUCGGGGGAAGGAUAGCGCCGCCCGCAACGGAUCUUCAAAAUCUAGCCAGUAUUCGGCAUUUUCCAACCUACCGAGUGUCCCUUCGACACAGCACCGACAGCCACAUGAUGUCCAUGUAGCAUCAUUCUUCUCCAUCCACCGUCCAAUCUCGGUGACAACCACUGUGCCCCCUAUUUCCAGCACUGAUGCCUUCGAAGCCAUCUUCUCCUCCAAGCGACCGGCACGGAACGAGCCCGAAGACGUAAUCUUCACUCUCUCCUCAGCCGUACAGUCAAUGGAAGCCGGCACCCAGUCCAUGACCGAGUCCGAAGACCAGUUCCGAACCUUCAGCGAACAGGACGGCGAACUCCGCAUGCUGGACGGCCACGACGCAACAAUGUCCGUGGAAGACUACGCCCGUCGUCUCCGUCCAUUCCAGCCUCCUCCCGCGCCCGUGCCCAUGGACACCUCCGCCUUCGAGGCCGAGGAGUCCACCGACGCCCAGAUCGACAACGAAUAUCAGACAUAUUCGACUGUCCUGACGAUCCGCGAGGCCCGCCACGCCGAUGGCCGCAAGACCUACGAGGCACACACGGGGCCGUUCGUGCGUAACGGGGAGAUGGGGGAUUCAUCUGAAAUCUCCAUCGAGGCGCCGGCUGAUUCUACCGCUGGCAUGACAUACAUGGAGCGGGUGCGUAAUAACCGAACCAUGCAUGCCAUCAGCACGAAGAGACGUCGUAAGGUCAAGAUGAAGAAGCAUAAGUUCAAGAAGCUGAUGAAGAGGACGCGUACUCUGAGACGGAAACUCGAGAGGUAG